AUGUGGAUUUUCCUGCUUUGGAUCCUUUUCCCAGGUGGCUGGGCAGUGAAAGGUCCUAAGCAGGUGAUGGUGAACCAGGGCAGCUCUCUGGUGUUGUCCUGCAGCUAUGAAGCAGGCUACGAGCUCUACUCCAAGUUCUGGUGCCGGAGGGGCUUCCUCGGGUUUUGCACCUCCUGCGUCGUCCAAACCAAUGGCUCAGAGGAGACAGUGACACAGGACAGGAUGUCCAUCAAGGAUAACCAUGCAUCACAGUCAUUCACAGUGACUCUGGACCGUGUCACGCUGGAAGAUGCAGGCUGGUACUCCUGUGGGGUGAAAAGGAAGGUGUUCAGCCUGAAGCACAGCACCAAGGUGAUGGUCUCCCAAGGUAAAGCCAGGCUAGAAGCUAAGCAGGGGGGUGUUCUGGAGCUCAUCACUUGGGAGAGGGGAUCCCAACGGGGGAUCAUAGGGGCUGUCAAAGUGGAAAUAGGCACCUUGCAGGCACCGAGAUCCAAAGGCAAUGAUGUGAGCUCGCUCUUCACCGUGGGCUUUGGGGACCAUCCAGUGCUGUCCCAGCUCAGCAUCAUCUACUUGCUGCUCAUCCUCUGCGUGAAGGUGCCCAUGGUGCUGCUCCUGGUUCUGUGCCUCCAAAAAGCAGGCAUUGAAUAG